AUGGAUCACGCUCCGUCCAACAAGGAACACAUCGCCAAUGCCGCCCUCGGCCAAGGGGUUGGCUAUGGCAUCGUCUUGGGCCUCGGAGGCUUCUUUGCGCUAGGCAUGAUGCUCGUCACCUUCAUCCUACGUCGAUACAACCGUGAGGUGCAAACAUCAGAACAUUUCAACACGGCAGGGCGGACAGUCAAAUCAGGCUUGGUGGCGUCAGCCGUCGUCUCCUCCUGGACAUGGGCCGCCACACUGCUCCAGAGUACCGGCGUGUGCUACCGUUAUGGCAUCUCGGGUCCCUUCUGGUACGCCUCCGGCGCCACCGUCCAGAUCCUGCUCUUUGCGACCCUCGCGAUCGAGCUCAAGAGGCGCGCACCCAACGCCCACACAUACCUGGAGAUCAUCAAGGCUCGAUAUGGCACUUUUGCCCAUAUCGUCUUCCUAGUCUUUGGCUUGGCCACCAACAUUCUGGUCUCGCUCAUGUUGAUCGUUGGCGGCUCCGCCACAGUCAAUGCCUUGACAGGAAUGCACACCAUUGCUGCCAUCUACCUUCUUCCCGUCGGCGUCGUCGCGUACACAAUGGUCGGCGGCCUGAAGGCGACCAUCUUGACCGACUGGGCUCACACGUUUAUCUUGCUGCUCAUCAUCAUCAUCUUUGCCCUGACCACGUACGCGUCCCACGACGUCUUGGGGUCGCCCAGCGCGGUCUACGACUUGUUGGUGCAGGCCGCUGCCCGGCACCCAGUCGAGGGUAACAAGGACGGCAGUUACCUCACCAUGCAGUCCCGCGAGGGUGCCAUCUUCUUCGUCAUCAACAUCGUCGGCAACUUCGGCACUGUCUUCCUCGACAACGGCUACUACAACAAGGCCAUUGCCGCUUCGCCCGUCCACGCUCUCCCCGGCUACAUUCUGGGCGGCCUCAGCUGGUUCGCCAUCCCUUGGCUGACUGCGACAACCAUGGGGCUCGCCGCGCUGGCCAUGGAGAACACCCCCUGGUUCCCGACGUACCCCGAUCGCAUGGCCGAUGCCGACGUGAGCGCCGGCCUGGUGCUCCCCUACGCCGCGGUUGCCAUUCUCGGCAAGGGCGGCGCCGUCUGCACCCUUCUGAUCGUCUUCAUGGCCGUCACGAGCGCCACGUCGAGUCAGCUGAUUGCCGUCAGCACCAUCUGCACCUACGACCUGUACCGGACCUACUUCAACCCAACAGCAAGCGGCAGGCGGCUCAUCUGGACGAGCCACGCCUUUGUUAUGGGCUACGGCCUCUUCAUCGCCACCUUCUCCGUCGGGCUGUACUACGCCGGCAUCUCAAUGGGCUACUUGUACCUCAUGAUGGGUGUCGUGAUCUCGGCGGCCGUGCUGCCAGCGACGCUCACCUUGAUCUGGGCCGGUCAGAACAAGUGGGCAGCAUCUCUCUCGCCCAUCCUCGGCCUCGUCUGCGCUCUCGUUGCCUGGCUGGUCACGGCCAAGAAGGAGUGUGGCGAGCUGAGCGUGGCCUGCACCGGCUCCAACAACCCUAUGCUAGCCGGCAACGUUGCCGCCUUGCUCUCUCCCGUCGUCCUGGUUGCCAUUUUCACCCUCAUCUUUGGCUUGGACAAGUACGACUGGAAGUCGAUGAUGGAAAUCAGGAUGGGCGAUGAUCAUGACGUGGCUGCUGCUGCGGGACUGGACCUCGAAGAGAUCCCGGGAGGCCACAGUGAAUCGCAGGUCCAGUUUGAGGAGGAGCAGAAGAAAUUGCAGCGCGCAGGGAAGAUCAGCAAGACAGCGACGGUCGUCAUGACGCUGGCCUUCUUGAUCCUCUGGCCCAUGCCCAUGUACGGAACCGGCUAUAUCUUCAGCAAGCCCUUCUUCACUGGCUGGGUUACCGUGGGAAUCAUCUGGAUCUUUUGCUCCUUCAUCGGCGUCGGCCUGUUCCCCAUCUUUGAGAGCCGCCACACCCUCGCCAGGACCGUCAGGAGCAUCUACCUUGAUGCCACGGGCAAGUCGCAUCCCAAGACGAUUCAUGCUCGCAUGGUGGCGGAGGAGGUGCAGAAGACGCCGGGGGAUGCUACGCCGCCGCCGCCAAAGGAGACGGAGAAGGGGGACGUUAAGGAGGCGGCUGGGUCUGUUUAA